AUGGAUAGUGCUUCUCAGAGUCUAGAUCAAGAAGACACUUUACUGUCAUGUUGGGGGCGGCUGAUUGUCCAUCUUCUAGUAUGUAUCCGCAUAGUACUCAUUGCACCAUCUGGUUCCAAUGUUAAUACGACCCGAUCUCUGAGCAAAUGGCACCAUACCAAAUCGCUUGAGCCUGAUCGUGUCACCCUUCUGACCUAUCACGACCCUUGA